AGCCUGAUUGGUCCAAGCUGUUCUGCUCAAGCAAAUAUCACGCGCCGUUUGAAUGAUGCAUUGUUUUGCGACGGCGAGGCUCCCCCGACGGCCCACAGCAACUGUAAUCCGAAUCAUCCUUCUGGUAGUGCAGCCGGAAGGUGCAGCUGCUGCACUCGACGGCAUGUUUUCGACCAUGAGGGAUAUUUUGAAUCCGGCUGGCAAGCUGCAAGCACAUCAUCGUUCACUUGCGAUAAAGGUCAUUGGUGCGGGCUUGGGGCGCACAGGUACGGGCAGUUUGCAUGCUGCUCUGGAGAUCCUUGGCUUCCGGACAUAUCACUUUGCUGAGAUGCUGAAAGACAUGGCACAUGCGUCAACUUGGGGCGACCUUGCAGACGGCCAUGCGACUGCAGACCAAGUCAUUGACAUGAUGCUGGAUUCUGGGUUCAAUGCAAGCGUCGAUCUACCAUCUUCUGAUCUCUAUGCCGAGCAGUUGAAGCGUUUCCCGGAUGCCAAGGUCAUUCUCUCAGUGCGCGACAGCGGUGAUCAAUGGGCGAACUCUUGGCGGACCCUUAUGGGGGUGGCUGCCGUGAUGGACAGACCCUUCUCAUUGUUAUUCCCGUCCUUCCUUCAGUGGAUGCCGAGCAUGCGUGCGCUGAGGAAGAUACGCUGCUGGUUUGGGACGGGCACCAUCGGAUUGCGUAAGUGUGCGCUCGCAUACGGUUACGGGGAGCAUCCGCCAGAGUGGCUUCAGGAGCAGUACGCGGCGCACAACAGGAGGGUUCGAGCGAGUGUCCCAGCAGGGAGCUUGCUGGAGUUCAACGUCAAGGAGGGUUGGGGUCCUCUGUGCGCAUUUCUGAGUGUUCCAGUGCCUGAUCGGCCGUUCCCCCGUGUAAACGACUCCGCCUUCCUGAACAGGGCCAAGAUGUUGCUAUACAUAGUUUGCUAUUCCUGGAUUCCGUGCUUAUUCUUGUUGUUAUACGGAGUUGUUCGCUGCUGUUGUAUAUGCCCCGCGGCGAAACGCAAAUCAGCGUGAGCGGCCCGCGACACGAACGACGCGCACACUAUGCCGCCAGCUUCACUACUGUGCUUGAGCUGACACUUUGAAGAUCACACUUGCACAUUCGCAGCUUGCGUGCCUCCCAUCUUUGCUGGUAUCUGUGGCUCUGAGACGGCAACGGCUACAAUGGUGUGUCAUGUGCGAGAUGAAGUGCCAUCUCACUUGUAAGGCGGGUGGAGCCAAUCAUCGCAAAGUAUUGCCGUCGUAUGGUCGCUUCGAGACGCAAACCACCUCGAGCUCAGCAUCAUAUAGCCUCGAAUCGAAGUGCAGACGUGUACACAUGGGCGCGCACUUGUCUGUUCGUCUGUCCCUGCUGCCAGGCGCAGACCCGAAUGUGUUCUUCGGGAAGUAUGGUCAGGAUCGUUUCUGUAGUGUGCCGCCCAGCCAGUUCUGGCCCACAACGCUCUUGCGCGACACGCUGAGCACGUCCAAGUCCCCAAGCAUCAGCUUGCCGACUUUUUCGCAGUCCUCCGCCCCAGAGAGGAGCGACACGAUAUCAUCUCGCAGGGCAUAGUCGGGGUUGCCGCCGCGGCACGCUAAACAACAGUUUCCGACCGUAAACCUCCGGACUCCAUCCGCCGAGACGGUUUUUUUCAGUGCGCUGCCCCAGAGGUCCCGACCGCUUUACCGGGGGCAGUUUUGUUUGCCCUUCUCCGUCGCGCAUCCAUGUUUGAGCCCGCGUCCGCUCGCGCUUCAACGGGAGCCACUGUGGCCCCCAGGAGGGGCAGCGGAGUCAAGCAGGAAUCGGAGCGUGGGCUCAGCUCUCUUGGCGGUCAAGUCAAGAGGCCGGCUGGGCCCGGGGCCCGAGAGUGGGAGAAGAGCCGGCGC